AGUAGAAGAAUCUGAAGAUGAGCGCUUUGAAGAUGUGUCCGAUUCCGCCCCUCCUAUAGAACUACCACCAUGUGAACUUAGCAGAUUAGAGGAAGUUAAUGAAGCAAUUAGUAGUUGCUUACCUUCUCCUGCACGGAGGGAGAAGUUAGCAAUGAUUUUAGAAUCAGAGAAUUACAUCAAAAAACUUUUAAAAAUAUUUCACAUGUGUGAGGACUUAGAAAAUCUUGAAGGACUACAUCAGUUGUUUGAAAUUUUUAGAAAUAUAUUUAUGCUUAACAAAAAUGCUUUGUUUGAAGUGAUGUUUGCUGAAGACACUAUAUUUGAUGUUGUUGGUGUUCUUGAAUAUGAUCCUUCGUCACCCGUACCAAAACGACACAGGGAUUUUUUACGUAAUGUUUCUCAUUUCAAGGAAGUCAUCCCCAUUUCAAAUCAAGAACUUAUUGCAAAAAUUCAUCAGACAUAUCGCGUCCAGUAUAUUCAGGAUGUUUGUUUUCCUACUCCUUCAGUUUUUGAAGAGAAUAUGUUAUCGACUUUAAGUUCUUUCAUAUUCUUCAACAAAGUUGAAAUAGUAUCCCUUAUACAAGACGAUCCGAAGUUUUUAUCAGAAUUAUUUGCUCAGUUAACUGAUGAAGCCACUGAAGAUCAGAAGAGAAAAGAACUGAUAAUGUUUCUCAAAGAAUAUUGCAUGUUUUCUCAAACCUUACAGCCCCAAAGCAGAGAAUCCUUCUUCAAGACAUUAUCUUCUUUAGGCGUAUUGCAGGCUUUAGAAAUAACUUUGAGUAUGGAUGAUCCAGCCAUUAAAGCAGCCUCUACAGAUAUCUUAUCGUAUAUUGUUGAAUUUAAUCCGUCCAUGGUUCGGGAAUAUGCUUUACAGCAAGUAAACAAACAAGAUGAUGAUCAGCUGCUGGUUAAUAUUAUUAUUGAACAGAUGAUUUGUGAUCCGGACCCUGAAAUGGGAGGAGCUGUACAUCUGUCUGGUAUUAUAAAAAUUUUACUAGAUCCUGAAAACAUGUUGGCCACAGUGAAUAAAUCAGAUUUCUUGAACUUCUUCUACAAACACUGCAUGCAUGUUUUAAUAGCACCAAUGCUGGCAAACACCACAGAUGAUAAACCAAGCAAAGAUAGUCAAACUGCACAGUUGAUGGGUCUCAUUUUGGAACUAUUAUCCUUCUGUGUGGAGCAUCACACAUACCAUGUCAAAAAUUAUAUAUUGCAGAAAGAUUUACUGAGAAGGAUAUUAGUCUUAAUGAAAUCAAAGCAUACAUUCCUUAUUUUAUGUGCUCUUAGAUUUAUGCGCAAAAUAAUAGGCUUGAAAGAUGAAUUCUACAAUCGAUACAUAAUUGGUGGUAAUCUAUUUCAACCUGUUGUUGAAGCAUUUAAAAGAAAUAAUGGAAGAUACAACUUACUGGAUUCUGCCAUUGUUGAGAUGUUUGAAUUCAUUAAAUUGGAGGACGUUAAAACUUUAUGUGGUCAUGUUGUCGAGAGGUAUGGUAAAGUACUAGACAAGGUAGAUUAUGUUCAAACGUUCAGAUCUCUUAGGUUGCGGUAUGAACAGCAUUUAGAUAGGAAGGACAGAUCAUCUGUGGAUAAUGUGUCUCUUAUAAUGCGAAAUAGCAGGUAUCGACGUGAUCCUAGGCAGUUAGAUGAAGAUGAAGAAAUGUGGUUUAAUGAUGAUGAUGAAAUAGAAGAUGAAGAACCGGUUAAUGAGCACAAAGAUUUAGAUGAUGAAUUUGAUCAAAUAGGAAUUGGAAAAAUUCUGGAUAAAAGAGCUCGAGAUGCAGAAGGUAAAGAAAAUGUAAAAACUGUUCCUUUGAGGUCAUUUUCACCUGUAUUAAAUAACCGAAGAAGCAGUAGUCCCUCAAGUGUGACUCCACCUCUAAGUCCAGCUGUUGAAGUAAAAUCACCUCAGUUGACUCGAAAGGGAGGUUUGGUGGAUUAUCCUGAUGAAGAUUCUGAAGAGGAAGAGGAGGAGGAAGAAGACACAAACAACAUACCUCCAACAAAACGCCCAAGAGUGUCAUCAUAGCAUAUUUUUAAAAUUUCAUUCAUAGAUACUGCUUACAGUUGUACAGAAUGGUUCUCUGUUUUUAAUCACAAUAUUGAUUCACAGCAACUAAUUCCAACAUUAUUUGCUGUCCCUCUCAUCACUGUCAACUGCCAUCUUGUGCCUGUCAGUCCUCUGACGUUUCCCACUGGCCAAUCAGAGAGGUCAUCUAACAUAAGCAUCUUCAUUGUGACCAUUCUUUUGGAAAGCAAAGAAAAAUAAUUUUUCCCCUGUAUCAUUUUUGUGCUAUAAUGGCUAAAGAAAAGAAAGGUCAAAGAAUGUUCGAAUUGUUCCUAAAUUCUCGAAACUGUGAAAGUGUUAUGUUACUGGUAUUUUGAGACAGUUUACAAAAACAUCAGGGAAGAAAAAAGGACAAUGCCUAGCCUGUGAGACAAAGGAAGAAUUGUUGUUUCUUUUUUGAAUGAACUUAAAUAAGGUUCAGAUGUUGUACAUUAAGCAUCAUUCAGUUGUAGUGAACUUUAUUUAAUGCUAAAAAUUCAGCAAAGAGCCAGUGUUAUGUAUUUAAUGACUUCCACUUUAGUUUUCAGUUGUGUAUAUGACAUGACAGUGCAAUGAUGGAAAGUUGUGUAAAUUCAUUUCAUUGCUUAAUAAAGAAAAACAAGAAAGGAAUAGGUAUUGUACAAUCAUUAUCCUUCAAAAAAUUUCUGUAUUAAUUUUACUGUUCCAGCUUGAAGAUAAAACAGAAAACUACCUCCUUAAAAAGCUCAUUGUAAUAAUAAAAUUCCCUUAACCUUCAGAAUAUUUUUAUACACAUUUCCCAAACCCCGGAACAUGUCACCAAAGCAACAUUAUAUCAUUUUAUGGAAGCUUGUGUACACACAAAUAUGGUUUUAUUUUCUGGAGAAGCUAAUUUGUUCAUUUUGAGCUUUUCUAUGUUCACAGUGUUACUGUCUUCAGCUGUGUCAAGCUGUUUUAUUUUUCUCAUUGUAUGAGAUUGUACAGUGCUUCAUCAGCAGUCAAGAACAUCUGUAAAUUAACAGCAGCAGUAUUCAUAGUUGGUACACCUUUAGCGUUUGUCAUCUAAUAUUGGGUAAUAUGUGUAUAUAGACGUAUGUUUUUAAUAUCAAAUCGCGAUGGUCCUUAGACUUUUGUGUCAAGUGCCAUGCAUCUAAAAAUGCAUGUUGUAUAAAUGUUUCUUCUUCCAUUGUCUUGUUUAAUCAUAUAUAUAUAUAUAUGUGUGUGUGUAUGUAUGUGUAUUUAAACAUGCAUAUAUUUACACACACAGAUAAAUAUAUAUAUGAAAUAACACUCUAUAUGUAAUUAGUCUUUCUGAAUUUUCAGUAUGCAGAAAAUUCAAGAAAUGUUGUUACAUGAUCUGGGAGAUAAAUUAAAUUACUGUUUUGGAUUAUAUUAAAAAUGACAAUCAUUCUAAUAAUUUUAAUUGGAAUUGCAGCAAAAUUUUGUGGCUGAAAAUAUUUUGAAUGUUUAUAUUUUUGUUUGUAAAUUACUUGCACAGACGAUGACAAAAUUAAGCUUGUAGUCUUACAAAUUGUUAAAAUUAAAUUUUGAAAAUAUAAAAUAAACUAAAUUUUCAGUAAUAAAAUUAAUUCCAUGAAGUAGGGUAGUAAUAAAUAAAUUCCAUGUUUUUCUGUUUUCUUCAAAGCAGAAACUAUGUUUGUAUUACAUUGCUUAUUGCAAAUUCUACAGAAUGAGUAUAGAUGUGAAAGAAAUAUAUCUAAUUGAUGUUUCUUGAAUGCAAAUAUAAUUUUUAAAUACCAAAACAUUGUUUCAUUUAAUAAUGCAAUGCAGACAAACAUAAGCUUUUUAUACUAGACUCAUCACUGAGUUAUGGAAUGAGUAUGUCCUAUACAGUCACAUUAUUUAGUGAGCUUACUUCUCUGUUUUGUAUCAAGUGAAAUUAAUAGUGAUGAAUUAAUUAAUUUGCCUGUUUUUAUAUAGCUUAAAAUUAUUUAAAUUUAUAUAUUUGAAAAGUACACAUUUAAAACAUUUAAAUCUGUUCUUAUUGCUUAUACUGAAGCUUGAUGCUUCAUUUUCAUAGUUUACAUUUUGAAUAUUUUGUAAAAGUGCAAGCACAUUUAAAAUUUGUUGAAAUUUACUACUAUAGUUUACUUGUAACUGACCCAAAGCUUUAAAAAAAAUCAAUUUGAAAUCUUAAUAUUUCAAUUAUUGACAGUGUGAAUAUUGUAUAAAAUCUAUUUAAUUUAUUACCUUUGUUUUAAAAUUUGUUAUUGAAAUAUUCAUGCAAAGUAUGUUGUAGAUAUAUAUUCAGUGAUAAAUUAUCUGUAAAAUAUUGCAAAAUAAGAAAAGAACAUGGAGACAAAAUAAAAAGAUGGAGUGCUUCGAAA